AUGAUGAAUUAACAAACUCUUAAAGUCCACAAUUUCGAAAACAGUUCAAGUCAAUAUUAGCAGUUUGGCGGAAAUAGUAACUCAAGUAAUAAUCCUAAUCUAAAUAAUACUUCAGCAAUGCUUAAUUUCGAUUACUCUACGAUGUUAGAUAAUAAGGUCAAUGGCAAUGAUUAGUAUGAUAUUGCAAUUGGUUAGCAUGGUAUAUUUCAAGCAAAUUAAAACAUGGAUGAUUCUUUAUUAUCCUCAACAAGUGACUUAAAUUCAAAUAACUAUUCUAACUCAAGUUAAUACUUUAAAAGCAAUGGUAUUAAGCAGUUGAUGCAAUCUAACCAGAAAAUGUGUGAUAAUUAGUUACCAUUAGAAUUGCACACAAGUUCUAGUUAAGUAUCAAUUGCUGAUUAAUUAAUUGAGCAAUCAAGGAAGAGAAUACAAGAUAUUCAGCAGUUAAUGCAGCCCCCAUAAGAAGUCAUGAAUUCAUAUUUGAAGAAAGACUAUAAUGUCGAGAUAAAGCCAGCAGAUUUUGAAAUUCUCAAACCAACUCAAUCAGCUAAUAUUUCAAGCUCAAAGAAUCCCUUAUAUUAGAAGUCAACCAAUGUUAUGGAAGAUGAACUCAAGACUCUGUAGGAUAAAAUACUAGAUUUAGAAAAUAAAUUGUGCGUGACUAGUACUACUGCUUACAGCUAUUCCAAUGAGGGGUCUUCAAUGUUUGAUACUACCCAGAAUAAAUUUAAAAGAGAUAAAUUUUAGUAAAUUCAGUAGGAAUAAAAUGAAAGAGAGGAAAAAAUAAAUAAGAUUUAGCAACUAAAAAAGGUUCAAGAUAUGUCACUUGGCAAAAAAAUAAAAGUAGAUAUAAAUCUCAACAAUAUAUAAUCAGAAGACGAUGAAAAUGAUUUCAUCAGUAUCAAGUAAAAGAAAGCUAAGGCGAAUGCUAAAAAAGCAUAGGACUCGUAGCUAGAUAUUUCACAUGACAGAGCUAUUCUCAAGGAUAAAUAAACUAAAAAAUCAAUGAGCAAGGAAAAGAAGAGGAAAGUCUAUAAUUCACAGACUCCUUAAAGAAAUUUGAUAUAAGAUAGAAGUAGAGCUAAUAAACUAAACACAUCUGCAUCAACAAAUAGAAGCAAUUAAAGCAAGGUCUCUAACAGCAGAUUUAACAGCGGAAUAGCUAAUAAAUAAUCUUUCACAGCAAGACUAUAAAAAGAUCAAGAGAAAUCAAAUCUUAAAAAUCCUAAACAAAUCAAACUUGCAGAUUCUAGAUCCUAAUUCAAAAGUAAAGAAAGACCAUAAACAGCAAGUGUAAGAUAGAUUUAGCCUAGAAAGGAUAAAACCUUAAUGGAUAUUACUAACACUACUAUAGCAUCAAAGAAAGAAUAAAGACAAGAGGAAUGCGUGCAAAGUAAUUAUAAAGAAAUAGCAAGUAAAGUUGUUGACUUAUAGAGAUAAAUAAUGUCAUUAAGAGGCAAACUUAAGAUGAAGGAAACAGUUGAAUAAGAAAACGAAAAACUCAAAGAGGAACUAGCUUAAAUAAGAAGUAAAAUGAUGGAGAGUGAAAAGAAAAAGUUAUAGUAUAAGGAAUAAGUAUAAGAGUACUAGUUAUUCAAUGAAAAACUCUUAAAAGAAAACAAGGGCCUGAAAGAAGAAAUAGGUGAAUUAGUCAUGGGUAAGAAAGUUGCUAAAUAAUCUAAAACUAAAAAAACUAAAUGA